UCUCCUCCACACAAUUCCUUCCCCUUCUACAUCGGGCCACGAGAAUAUCUAGCUACAAUCAAGCGUUGACGCUGCAGGCUAGGCCAUCUGGGGUCGUCGUCAGUGAUCCCAGAUCCAGAGCUGACUAGCCGACGGGUUCGAUUUCAACAGGACUUAGUUAGUCUCCCUGCCGAGGGAUAAAAAUAAUAGUUAUCUUGUUUGAGAAGUACUACACUCUGGUAUUGAUUACAAAUGGAUACCAAAAUCAGUACUAUACACAACAAGGUUGAUCUAGAGCGCAUGCUGCUUGAUCGAAGUGCAGAGCCAACAUACCUGCCGUUAUCAUUUUUAGAAGACAUCACAAACUGUUUCUCAGAAGAUCAGCAAAUUGGCAGCGGUGGAUUUUCUGUAGUUUAUAAGGGAAUGGUGGGAAAAAAGAUGGUCGCUGUGAAGAAACUAUCUCAAACGAUGCAUGAGCAUAAAUUCCACAAAGAAGUUGAAUGCAUUAUGAAGGCUAAGCACAAAAACAUAGUGCGUUUGCUUGGAUAUUGUUUUGACACGCAAGGGAGAAUUGAAGAUUAUGAAGGAAAGUUUGUCAUGGCAGAUGUUCGGAACUGGUUGCUAUGCUUCGAGUACGUACCAAACGGAAGUCUCGAUGAGUAUAUUGCUGAUGCAUCUCAUGGACUUGAAUGGAGAGAGAGGUACCAAAUAAUUAAGGGAAUCUGUGAGGGACUACUUCAUCUUCACGAGAAGCGUAUCCUCCACCUAGAUCUCAAGCCUAGUAAUAUAUUAAUUGAUGUUCAAAUGGUACCCAAAAUUGCUGAUUUUGGCCUCUCAAGGUGCCUCGAUAAAGACCAGACUCGGGCCUUCACUUCAAGCAUAUGUGGAUCGCUGGGAUAUAUGGCACCCGAAUUCUUCACAGGACAAGUCACAUUUGCAUCAGACAUAUACAGUCUUGGCAUUAUAAUUGUGGAGAUACUGACAGGAGAGAAGGGGUAUUUGGAAGAAAAAAAUGUACUAGAGAAUUGGAUGAAUCGGUUGGAGACAGCAGAUCAAAGGGAGACGCAGUUGGAGCAAGUAAGAGUAUGCAUUACGAUAGGGAUAGAGUGCAUGGACCCUAACCCAAAGAAGAGACCGUUUGCACAUCAUAUAGUUAAUAAGCUUGAUAAAACAGUAAGUAUAGUAGAAUCUGGCAUCGCUAGUCCAUCUGCUGAGCAGCAGGUUAGAUCCCUGAAUGAACAACACGGUCAAAGGCAAACAUUGGAGCUUUCAUUUGAGUAUCUCUCAAAAGAUAUGAACGGGCGUGCUAAAACGGAAGAACCCAUGGAAUUUUUGGGGGCAUUCAGAGAUCAUUGGCGGUACGGGAAAGAACAUCAGUGGUCACUACUAGGAGCUCAAGGUACGAAGCCAAAUACCAGCCAACAACAAGGGGCAAGUACUUCUAGAUCUAACUCUGUUGUGCUCAACAAGUUGAACAUCUUCACUACAAAAGCACGCAGGAAUUAUACGAGGAAUGGUGGGCCUAUGUUGGAGAAGAUAGAUAUGUUGAAACUUUUCAAGAAGGAGGAGCUUAAGCCAGUUAUACAGGAUAAGAACCGUAUUGGAAGAGGUGUCUUUGAAGAUGUUUACAUAGGCCUUGUUGAUAGGGUACCAGUCAUAGUAAAGAAGCAGGUCAGUGGUGCUGUGCUACAAAAUGGACAGUUUGCAAAGGAAGUAAUCAUGCAAUCUCAAGUCCUCCACAAGAACAUUGUUAGGCUCAUAGGUUGUUGUGUAGAAGUUGACAUCCCGAUGCUAGUAUAUGAAUAUCUCUCCAAAGACACCCUCGAUGACAUUCUUCACAACACCAACAGCAAGAAAAUAUACUCUUGGAUGACCAUUUUGUGCCAAAGAUCUCACAAUUUGGCAUACCAAGAUCGACGGGGAGAGGCUACAAACACACGAGAACAGUCAAGGGUGACGUUGCUUAUAUGGACCCAAUAUACCUACAAACAGGCCUACUUAGCGAAUACAGUGAUGUCUACAGUUUUGGAAUCAUUAUAUUGGAGCUUCUUACCAGGAAGAAGGCCACACACUCUGACAAUAAUAGUUUAGUAAGGAAUUUCCUUGAGAAUCACAAGCAGAGUAGGAAAUCAACUGAUCUAUUUGAUGAAGAAAUUGCAGUGAUGGAAGAUCUGGAGCAUCUAGACGAUCUGGCACAAAUUGCUGUGGAAUGUCUUGGCCAUGACUUGGAUCAAAGACCAAAAAUGACAGAUGUUGCAAAGCGGCUCCGCAUACUGAAUGAAUCCCGUGGCCUAUGGGAGCACAAGUCCAUGCAUUUACUAGUUUAGUUUAAACUUUAGACAAGAUAUGUGUUGCGUUGAAUAAGCUUCUGAUAGGUGCGUGCAAUUAUAGAGUGAUGUGCGAUGAUCAAUGUGUAAUUUAUGUAUUUUGCUGCUCUGAACAAGUCUAUGAAUUCCUCUCCAGCAGUAAAACAAGCUAAAAGCACGCCCUCUCAGGCCUC